AACCUGUACGCUCUUUAAUUUGGAUUAUUCCAGGUACAAGACUAUAAGAAGUGAACGAGUGUUUUUUGAGACUGAAUCGGACGUGAUUCAUUUCCGCUUUUACAGGAAGAAGACGCGUUUACAUGUCAGAGCUGUUGUGGAUGUUCAUACGUUAGCGACAUCAUAUAUAUAUGCAUAUGUGUAUAUACAUAUAUACAUAUAUUAUCUAUUUAUUUAUUAAUUUUGCAAAAAAAAAAGUAGAGUGUUUGUUGCAGUUUGAAUAACUAGCAUGUAGCUUGUCAUGUUGCUAAUGUUAACUUGACGAUUUACCUGUAAGUAAACAAACCAUAGCUUUAGUGUGGAGACCGAAAGCUUUUAGCUUACAAGGCUUUAAGCGUCGUCGUUAUUCACAUGCCGUAAAUGUCUCAUUUUAAUCAUCGUUAACGCUUAAAUGAACGCAAGCCAAAACUGACCACCGCUAGUGUGAAAUAACAGACUAUUCGCUGGAUUUUAUGUUUGGCUUAAAUGCUGAAUUAGCAUGAAAUAACCAAGCACAUGGAUGAAGUGUUUACACGGAGACGUUACUGUAUUCGGUUCAUGAGGUGACACGGUGUCGUCCAUUAAGUUAGUAUUAAGAUGCUGCGAUUAGAGGACGUGGCUAAUGUGUUGCUCAGGGUCCCCAGUCUUUUAGUCCUGGACCUGCUCUACAAAUGCGACAUCGACAGCUUCACCUAUCAUCUCAGGGCGAGCAGCGAGGACAUGCUCUUCAAAUACAAAUACGUCCUCUGGAACAUUUAUUACUUAGGUCACGUUGUGAGCACGGUUGUGCUGUUAUUGCCUCUCGGACACAUAGUUCAACUUUACCUGCAUGUUCUCACUGCGCUUCUGCUCUACAUGGGACAUCAGAUGUCCAGGGAAUAUGUUGUAGGAGAGAGUCAAUACGCGUAUGAUGGAACACUCUUCCUGCCUCCACCAGCCUUGAACCGUUUUGUAAGGGCACUUACAUGUCAGAUUAUUGUUGCCACAUUGUGUGCGUUCCUCAUGCGCACUCGCCGUGUAUGGCUGUUCUCUGCACACCUGCUCCCACUGUUUGGACGGGUGUGUUUAGUUUCUCAAGACAAUGCCCUGACACUCACUACUGUUUCCAUGGGGAUAACUGCAGCAGAGGUUGCCAUCUUCCUCCUUAUGAACCUUUUUGUGCCAUAUAGAUUGGCCAAGGCCACAUAUCAGCAAAUUGUACAAACAGAGGUGACUGAUUUGUACCGGCUGUUGGCAGUGGGCAUGUCUCUCUGGCAUCAUUUUGCUGUGCCUGUGUUAUUCGGUGCAUUCUGGUUUGUACUGUUUGGAGUUCAGCUUGUCUCCAAUGUUGGCAGCUCCACUGCCAUCCAAGAGGGGCUGCUGUUCUACCUUCUCACCAGUGUGUCUGAGUGCUGUGCUAGUCCUUAUUCUCUGCUGGGUUUGACAUUUGUGGUUUCUUAUUUGGCAUUGGGCCUCCUGAAUCUCUGCAAGUUCUACCUGGGAGGAUUCACAGCACUGCAGAACCACAAUGUCAUGCACAGGGGUGUUACAGAAGGUGUGACUCUGUUGUUAUUGGCCCUGCAGACUGGCUUGUUGGACUUGCCAGCCUUGCAGCGCUGCUUCCUCCUCUUCAUCAUACUCUUUAUUGUCCUCACUUCCACACUACAGAGCAUGAGUGAGAUAACUGAGCCCAUCAUGCUAGGACUUGGGGCCAGUAGAAACAGGUGUGUGUGGAAGCAUGUGCGGGGCUUGAGCAUGUGUGUGUUCUUGCUGUUAUUUCCUGGUUUCAUGGCUUUUAAGAUAUCCCAGUUCUUCCACAUGGACUUCUGGCUUCUCAUCCUGGUUUCCAGCUGUAUGCUUACAUCACUACAGGUUACAGGGACCCUACUAAUCUACUGCCUGUUCAUGUUGGAGGUGUGGCACGGUGCUGCCCUUCCUAGCCUCGACGAGUUUGUGUAUUACGUGAACGCUGUGUGUCGGGCAAUGGAGUUUGCUGUGGCAGUGUGUGUGGUUGCCUACGGUGCCUGGGAAUCACUGUGGGGUGAGUGGAGCUGGAUAGGGGCAUCAGUUAUCAUCAUCCACUCCUACUGCAACGUGUGGCUACGUGCCCAGGCUGGAUGGAAGAGCUUCUUGCUUAGGCAGGAAGCUGCACGCAAGAUCAACUCACUCCCACGGGCAAGUGCUGAUCAGCUGCAGGAACAUGGUGAUGUCUGUGCCAUCUGUUUUCAGGAUAUGACUUCUGCCGUGAUAACGUACUGUGGUCAUUUUUUCCAUGAAAGCUGUCUUAGAAAGUGGCUGUAUGUGCAGGAAACCUGCCCUAUGUGUCACACUUCCAUAAAACCAUCCACAUCCAUCCCAAAACCUGCUGCUGGUGAUGCCCAGUCAAACCCAGUACAGACCCAGCACCACCCACCUCAGCAAGAGCCAGCUGCUGAACACACUGACACUCACCAAGGGGAGCAAGACCCAGUGGAAGAUGAAGUCCACUCACCAGAUAAGAACUGUAGUGCCAGUGAAGACUCUGCUGGGCCUAGCUGCUCAUUAGAAGCAAGUCCCUGCAAUGAGAGGGACUGGGAAACAGAGCAGAGGACUAACCAGCCAAGUGAGACCAAUUCAGCUCUGGACAGAGAACCAUGACUUUGCCACUCUGUCUUUCAGUGGUAGUUAUGGAGCCAACAAAACAGAAGGAAGAUCAUUAGAACACAAUAGAGAGACAGUAGGUUACUGCCUCUGUGAAAUCUGAGUAACGAAGAUUACAACCUAGUUUUCUGUUGGAAUGAAGCUACUUCCAUUCCUCUUAAGCAUGUGUUGGUAUCUUCUCAUCACAGCACUUCUUCAAGCAAUAUAAAAUGUCAUGUUUGUUACGGCUACAAUUUUGUUGCACUGUUGCAAAUGUUGUGAGGACGACUGUCCUUUAAAGAAGGGUAAAAAUGAAGUUGAUUAUUUUUGCUGUCUCUUUUUAAAGCAAUGUAUAAUAACUGGAGAAUUGAGUUUAACCCUCUUUUAAGGAAUUCCUUAAAAAUGUGCUCUAUUUCAAUAUGAAUUCUAAAUCUUCUAUAUGUCAAAAAUGCAAGAAAUGCUAGUAAAAUGCUCAUUUUGAGCAUAUUAAGCACACAAAUAUCAGAGAGUGCGUCAUCAUAGUUCUGUUUCACUCAGCCAUCUUUUUCACCAUGUCACUUUUUUCAAAGCAUCAUGAAAUUAAGAUUAUAUUUUUGUUUAUUAAAUAGUUGGUUAAUUAUUGCAA